UACAUUGUGUUCAUUUCCGAAGUUCUGAUAAUGACAAGAAACCCAAAGAUAUUUAUAAAUGUGACGAAUCUAUAAUGUCCUAAUAUGGUGACCUUAAAUACCGAUAUUCAGCCCAAGUUCUGAAAGACUAAAAAAAAUGCGUUUUUCAAGAAGCUACUUCACUUAUAAACGAGCCCUGCGCAUCUUCUUAAUUUCCUUCGCUGUUACUGCGCUCAUAUAUGUAUCUUCGACUGAGGACGUGGUUCACCGUAGCCUGGGGGCGAGAAGUGUAUCCUCCGUCCCUAUGACACCUGAUUCUAAGGCUGAGAAUUCUCUGUCGCAAAUCGAGGAAAGGGCGAGAGGACCCUUAGCCGCAGACGACCCGGGUGUUAUUCAGCUCUUAAGGACGAAGUACCUCGACCCCCCUUCCUCCCUUCCUUACAACCUACGCGAAGAUCCUCCUGACGACCUGUACUACACCUCCUACAAGAAGAAGUUCCCGACAUGGCCCUUCAUCAACAGCGUCCUCAAGGAUUUCUACGAGGGACGUACUCCAGGAUUCUUCGUGGAGGCCGGUGCUCUGGACGGGGAGUACCUCUCGAACACCCUGCUACUCGAGAGGCACUUCCACUGGACGGGACUCCUGGUGGAGGCCGAGAAGGAGAGUUACGUCGUGUUAAGGGACAAGCACAGGAAGGCGUGGUCGUCGCCCGCUUGCCUUGCCACCAAGCCCUACCCUCACUCGGUCGUCCUCACCACCUUCAGGAAUGAGGGUCGUCAGGCUAACUGGCUGGACCGAGGAGCGGCGAGGAUCGAAACGGAUCCCUUGGCCAACGGAGGUCCUGGCUACAAAUCCUAUCGCGUCGUCCAGUGCUUCCCUUCCCUUACCUUCUUCAUGGCCCUCAACGUCACCAAAGUCGAUGUCUUUAGCCUCGACGUCGAGGGCGUCGAGGUGGACAUCCUGCGAUCCUUUCCCUUCGACAAGAUCAUCGUCGACGUGUGGGUCAUCGAGCACGUCCUUCCGCCCGGAAAGUCCUUCUCGACGUCCCCCUUGUGGCAUAACGAAGACCCAGAGUUCAUAGCCUUCAUGGAAGCUCGUGGGUAUUACCUAUUCGACAUGUUCUGUUCCGUCAUCACGGAUUACAUCUUCGUCAGGAGGGACAGCGAGGUCUUCGAGAGACUAGGUGUCCCGGAGGAGCUGUGGACGCGAAGGGGCCUGUGUCUUGAGAAGCCUAAGUUUGAACCGAACAGAACCGAAUAUUUGCUUGUGGACUUGAGGGAUAAACGCCAUUGGCCGACGCUCUUGUACUCCGGUUAGGUGUUUUAUUUAUUUCAUUUUAUUAUUUCAACUUUUUCUACGCUAUAGAUGGAAUAAUAAGGAAGAGAGAGAGAGAAAAAAAAAACUUAAUCGAGUGCCUUUCAUAUUCUUCCCUUCGAUGUAUCAUUUACAGUUUGUUCAUCAUGAAUUCUUAACAGGUAAUAGAUGUCUCAUAAAUCUUUUUACGCAAUUAUGUUAUACUUACAGACCUUUUAAGAAGAAAUUAAGAAUUAAAAAAAGAAGAAACAAAGAUAAAAAUGUAAAUACUGCCAUACAUACAUUAUUGUAAAUGAUAACUAAAAAUAAACGCAUUCAGGUGCUUUAAGUUAAUAUGUUAGUAUGGUAAUUCAUGUGUAUACAUAUAGAAAUAUUAUAAUUUCUUGCAGAUUGUAAAAUA